UUGAAAUCUUGUGGUGAGCGGACGUGUUUUUUUGUUUGGUUUUCCCGUUCCCGAACGCCGGAGUACUUUUUGUUGUUAAGUGCGCGUCGUCGUACCGCCGCUAUUGUUCACGUUUGUUUAGAUUCCCUUGUCCAGACACCAGACAACUAUAUCGAUGGUGGGUGCACAGACGACAACAACCACUCCCAACUCUCUUCCACUCCAAGCCCUCUCGUUUUCCCCCUCACCAUUCUCCCCCAAGCUCCUUAACGAAAAAUGUCUGACACCAUUGCAAUCGAAAAAGAAGGAAUCUGUCCUCUAAGCGAAUCAAAGGGUCAGGAAAUCGAUACACCAGUUGACCAGGAUUCCCAGAAAUUGGAGCAAGAUAUCUUGGAGACCUACAUAACAGCACCUCUAAAAAUCGUUGAGCCCUUCGAGAAGUUCGAGAAGGAAAAGGAGGAGGAAGACAAAGAGAAGGAUAGCCCGGUAAGGAGCUCCACAAGUCCGGAGGAUCUCACCGAGAUCGAAGUCAUUAGUGCCAAGGCUAAGAAAUCGGUUAGCUUCAAUCCCAACGACGAAGAGAUUCGAAAGUUCACCACCGGUGAACCGAUUGUGGAUCAAAAGAAUCCAUUCCGCAAUGGUAACAUAGCCAACACGCGGGAGAAGAAGACACCGCCUCCGGUGCCAACGAAACGAUCGACCCUAAGUGUUCGCAAAACCGUGACCCAGCAACUUAGGGAACGUGAACGAGAACGGGAGCGCGAAAAGGAGCGGGAGCAGCAGAAGAACGAGUCCAACACUCGAAAAAGUAAGAUUAAUCGAUCACAGCCGCAGGCGGAUGACUUUGUGACCACUGAGGAGGUGCUCAAGCAAUCCAAGUACGUGAAAACGUACAUCAAGAACCCGGAUGCGUACUUUGUCUAUGAUCCCUCGGUGCUGGCACGUCUCAAGUUAGAGGAACUCAAGGAGACGACGGGCAAGUUGCCCAAGAGGAAACAGACGGCGAAGGAAACGAGAACGGGAAAACAGGCCCGCCAUCAGAAUCAGAAUCCGAACCAGAACCAGAAGGCUCAGCAGUUAACAAAACCCCCGCAGCCCACAUUCAAGAAGUGCUCGAAGCCAAACUACCCGGAGUUGGCCAACUUAAAAAUCCGAACCGGUACCAAUUCCGAUCCAGAGAGCAGUGCCUUAUUCAAUCCCGCUGAGGUAACGAAAAAUGCUCGCAAAUUUGACGAGAGGGUGAAGAAGCUACAGAUCACCUCGGAUGAUGAUCUAGACGAUAUCGAUGGACCAUUGACGAAGAGCGAGUCCAGUGACGAGUUGGCGGCCAGUUCCUCUGUGCCACAGAGUCCGGACAAGCCGGUGGCUAUGAGUGCGCCGGGGGAUUUACCCUCGCCCUCACCGGGCACAUUCACCAACACCAUAAGCUCCGAUGAGUUCCAAGCGUAUCUGGACUCGAAGGGUCUGGCUCUAAUGCCCAGGCGGGAGCUAUUCUCACCGACACCCACAAUCGCCAGGACUUCGACGCCAAUGCAAACGGCAGAGGAGCGACGGCAACAGGUGGCUGAGUCACUGGCGGCUCUGCGCAAAAGCAACACCAAGAAGCUAAACGUACUCCAGCGUAUCUCAAACAGUAUAUUUCCAGCUCGUCGAAAAACCACUCCCAAGUCGGAAACUCCUUCGCCACGGAGCAUCUUCAACGAUUUGGAGAAGGAUGACUAUCGUCGCAAGGCGGAUGUCCCCACUGAGAUACGUCGUGUUCUAUUGGAACGUCAGAGUCCUAACUGUCGUCGCCAAAAUGGUCAUGUUCAAUCUCCGACCGUUGAUUCUGGUAUCGAUAAAAGUGCCAGAAAUUGUGAAAGCAAUUUGCAGAACAGAAACGGUGACACAAGUUUACAAAGGAGAAAUGGUGACACCAAUUUGCAAAUGCGAAAUGGUGACAACAGUUUGCAGAUAAGAAACGGUGACAACACAACUUUGCAGAGACGAAACGGUGACAACAGCUUGCGAAGAUCAACACUGGAGCGACCAGGUGUGAAUCCCAGACGUCAGUGGCCAGAAGCACAGCAGGUGGGUCGAAUAAACCGCUCCACUUCAGUGGAUCGCAGCCAAUUCACCCACGAACAGCCUGCUCUCGCAAGUCCUGUGGCCUCGUCGACGCCAGUGCGUGGCCAAAACCAAUGGGACCAAUUGCGGGCCAUCAAAGAGGUGACGGAUCGCCAGCUUUACCACAAGCUUCAUCAGCAGCAGCAACUGCAGGCACAACCACUCCAGGGACAACAACACCAACAACACCAACAACAGCAGCAGCAGCACACAAUCAGACAACGACCGAAUGAGGAUAUCUACUCCCAGGUGAUAGUCCAUCCCGACCAAACCAACUUUGUUCGCGGCUCAAUGCAGCGUAACACCUUCUCGGGAAUCAGCGGUCGCAGCAGGCCACUAAUGGUUUAUAAUGGUACGCCGAUGAGGCAGCAACAAAUGCAGCAACAGCCGCCGCGAUGUCAGAGUGUCCUGGACAACAUAACGCCAAGUGCUGAAAAUCCAGGCCAACAGACACCAGUGGUAAUGAGGCAUAGGGUGGCGAACCAGAGCCAAGCGCAGCAGAUGCCAUCUCGUCGCAUCGGUGGACUUCUCACGCGCGAGGAGAUUCUCGAAAAGGUCAAGGAGUUUUGCCGCAAGAGCAUUACCCGAGCACCGGAAGCCAAGACGCCACUGCAGCCAAUCUAUAAGAGACAUCUAACGCCUCCCAACGCCGAUGUCUCGCCCGUGUCAUACGCUUCCGUCGAUGAUCAAUGUGCUCGACCACAGGUGCCACAGCGUGUCCAGAGUUUACCCGUCGCCCAGGGGCGCUAUGUUACCAGCGGCAUGUCAGUGGACGGGCCGUCACCCAUUUACGCUCAUGUCAGCAAGCGAAACAGUUUGCUUUCCAAUGUCUCCGAACAGUAUUUAUCUAACCAGCAACUUGGAACACUGACCAGGCCGGUGCCUCUGAACCAGUUGGUACUGGUGGAUACGGGCGAGGGUGUUCAGGUGGCCCAGCUUGUGGACUAUCUUCCCUACGUCCGACCAGCGCCCGGCCAGGGCUAUAUGUUGCAGGAUGGCAGGGCCACUCCACUCAUCCUGGACCAAUCGGCCCAGCAGACUAGCCAGAUUUACUGGACACCGCAGCAUCGUCAGCGGAUCUCUCAUCCGGUGCCAGCGCCCCGUUUUAUGAAGGGUCAAGCCAUGCCCACAUCUAGACACAGCACCAUAAGCCGACAUAUGGAGGAGAGGAUGGGUAACGCCUCCGACUGGGAACUCAGCUCGGAAGCUGGGGAAGUGAGGCGCAUAAUGGAAAAACAAUUAUAAUUUUAA